AUGAGAAAAGCAAAUCAGACCAAAUCAAAACCGACACCUGUUUUUACUUCUAUAUUUGUUCCUACCUACGAGAUUUCACCUCACUUUCCUUCCAUGAGACAUGCUUUGUACCAGAUUUUCAAAGAAGUGUCUAUGGCUAGAAAAAAUGAAACUCAAAUGACUGAAUUUGUCUUGAUGGGACUCUCUUCUGAGUAUCAACCAAUUCUUUUUGGUGUAUUUUUACUUAUUUACAUCUUCACUUUGACUGGAAAUGUGAUUAUAAUUUUGAUUGUGACUCUAGUUUCACAGCUACAGACUCCCAUGUAUCUAUUUCUCAGAAGCUUGUCUGCCACCGAGAUGGUCUAUACCACUGUAACUAUGCCUCGGAUGCUGAGAGACUUCUUGCAUCAAGAUAAAACAAUUUCCAUUCUAGGUUGUGCAGCCCAGUUCUACUUCUUUUGUUUCUUGGGAGCAGCAGAAUGCUUUAUACUUGCAUUCAUGGCUUAUGAUCGGUAUUUGGCCAUUUGUCACCCUCUUCAUUACAUGACAAUGAUGACAAAGUCAAAGUGUCUAUACAUUUCAGUAGGAUCAUGGGUGGCUGGUUUAUUCUUACCCCUGGGUAAUAUCAUUCUUGUGUUCGGCCUACAUUUCUGUAAUUCAAACAUCAUUGAUCAUUUCUUUUGUGAUAUAAUACAAGUAGUUCGCUGGGUUUGUUCAGACACUCCUUUUACAAUCUUAUUUGUAAUAAAGCUAUAUAUUUUAAUUUAUACUUUUUUAGUCAUACCUUUACCAUUUUUACUCAUACUUAUAUCCUAUGUCCAUAUCCUUAUUAAUGUGUUUCGAAUGCAUUCUUCAACUGGACGUAAAAAGGCUUUUUCAACAUGUGGCUCCCAUCUUCUAUCUGUAUGCCUUUUCUUUGGUUCCGCCACCAUAACCUACUUAAGAACAAAAGCUAUUGAUACUUAUGGUGGACCCAAAGUUUGGUCACUUCUUUUUCUCGUGUUUGCUCCAAUGCUUAACCCACUUAUAUAUAGUCUUCGGAACAAUGAAGUGAAAAAAGCCUUUCAAAAGCUUGUAGACAAAGCUUCGUAUGGUUAA